GGCACCCGGGAGGGGCAGUGUCCCCUAGCGGAGUCGCACCGCCUCCCGCUCUGCCGGGUGGCCAGCGCCGGGGCCCAGUAGGGUCCUCGGGAGUGCGAUCCGGAGUCGGCGACGGCCGCUUCAACAACGUGGGGCUGGCAGACGGAAAGCCUGUGGUCGUGGUCCUCGCCUCAGGAGCUCUGGGAGCCUGGGUGACCGCGUAGGUCAGUUUCUCGCGGCCGACCUCGCCUGGAAUCCGAGGCAGCCUCGGGCUCCUGCCAGCCCCGUGCUCCGGGUGGUCUGCCCGCGCCUGGUGGGAGAAAUGAACACAGAAACAGAACAACAGCUUCUCCACCAUGCCAGAAAUGGCAACACCGAAGAAGUAAGAAGGCUGUUAGAAACCAUGAAGAGGAAAGAAGUAAUUGCUGACAUUAACUGCAAAGGAAGAAGUAAGUCUAACUUGGGCUGGACACCUCUUCAUCUGGCAUGCUAUUUUGGACAUAGACAAGUGGUCCAGGAUCUGUUGAAGGCUGGUGCAGAAGUGAAUGUGUUGAACGACAUGGGAGACACGCCACUUCACCGAGCUGCGUUUACAGGACGAAAGGAAUUGGUAAUGCUUCUCUUAGAAUACGACGCUGAUACUACAGUGGUAAAUGGAAGUGGACAGACAGCAAAAGAAGCUACACAUGACAAAGAAAUCAGAAGCAUGCUUGAAGCUGUAGAAAGGACACAACAAAGAAAGCUUGAAGAAUUGCUUUUAGCAGCAGCAAGAGAAGGCAAGACAGCAGAACUCACAGCUCUGCUCAACAGGCCUAAUCCUCCUGAUGUUAAUUGUUCGGAUCAGUUAGGAAAUACACCGUUGCAUUGUGCAGCCUACCGGGCCCACAAGCAGUGUGCCUUAAAACUUCUAAAAAGUGGAGCAGAUCCUAAUCUGAAGAACAAAAAUGAACAGAAACCUCUUGACCUUGCCCAGGGUGCUGAGAUGAAACAUAUUCUUGUUGGUAACAAGGUCAUCUACAAAACCUUGAAACGAUAUGAAGGUCCUCUCUGGAAGAGUUCAAGAUUUUUUGGCUGGAGAUUAUUCUGGGUAGUGUUAGAACAUGGAGUCCUUUCAUGGUAUAGGAAACAGCCUGAUGCAGUCCAUAAUAUUUAUCGCCAGGGAUGCAAACACCUCACUCAAGCAGUAUGUACGGUGAAAUCCACUGAUAGCUGCCUCUUCUUUAUUAAAUGCUUCGAUGACACUAUUCAUGGCUUCAGGGUUCCUAAGAAUAGCCUAAAGCAAUCAAGAGAGAACUGGCUGGAAGCAAUUGAAGAGCAUUCUGCUUAUAGCACUCACUACUGUUCCCAGGACCAGUUGACUGAUGAUGAAGAAGAGGAUGCAGUUUCUGCUGUAGACUUGAAGGAGUCCUUAGAGAAAGCACAGGCAUGUCAACAGAGACUAGAUAGGGAAAUUUCCAACUUUCUCAAAAUGAUUAUGGAGUAUGACAUGGCUAAAGAAAUGCUGCCAUCAUUUCUUCAGAAAGUUGAGGUUGUCUCUGAAGCUUCUAGAGAAACUUGUGUAGCUUUGAGUGAUUGCCUUAAUCUCUUCACUAAACAAGAAGGGGUGAGGAAUUUUAAAUUGGAACAGGAACAAGAAAAAACCAAAAUUUUGUCAGAAGCACUGGAGACUCUAGCCACUGAACAUCAUGAAUUAGAGCAGUCUCUGGUGGAAGGGUCUCCGCCUCUCAGCAUCCUUAGUGAGGACGAGUUCUAUGAUGCACUGUCAGGCAGAAACUGGAGGUCGAUUCAUGACAUUUGUGUGCCGAUUCAGGAAAACACAGUCCAAGAUUCCGAGUCCGAGCAGUCCCUGAGUCAAUUGGAAGCAGUGACAGCACGCUCCUUUGAAGAGGAAGAAGGUCACUUGAACAGUAGAAAACACAGAAUGUCUGAAGGAAAAGACUGUGGUGGAGGAGAUGCUCUCUCCAAUGGCAUCAAAAAGCACAGAACAAGUUUGCCCUCUCCCAUGUUUUCCAGAAACGACUUCAGUAUCUGGAGCAUCCUCAGAAAAUGUAUUGGAAUGGAACUAUCCAAGAUUACGAUGCCAGUUAUAUUUAAUGAGCCUUUGAGCUUCCUACAACGACUAACUGAGUAUAUGGAGCAUACUUACCUCAUCCACAAGGCCAGUUCAUUUUCUGAUCCUGUGGAAAGGAUGCAGUGUGUAGCUGCAUUUGCCGUGUCUGCUGUCGCUUCUCAGUGGGAACGCACUGGAAAGCCCUUCAACCCGCUUCUGGGAGAGACGUAUGAAUUAGUUCGAGAUGAUCUUGGAUUUAGACUCAUUUCUGAACAGGUCAGCCAUCACCCACCAAUCAGUGCAUUUCAUGCAGAAGGGUUAAACAACGAUUUCAUCUUUCAUGGCUCAAUCUAUCCCAAACUAAAGUUCUGGGGGAAGAGUGUAGAAGCAGAGCCCAAAGGAACCAUCACCUUGGAGCUCCUUGAGCACAAUGAAGCAUAUACAUGGACAAAUCCUACCUGCUGUGUGCAUAAUAUCAUUGUGGGUAAACUCUGGAUCGAACAGUAUGGCAAUGUGGAAAUCACAAACCACAAGACUGGGGACAAAUGUGUGUUGAAUUUUAAGCCAUGUGGCCUUUUUGGUAAGGAAUUACACAAAGUUGAAGGCUACAUUCAAGAUAAAAGUAAGAAGAAGCUCUGCGCUCUCUAUGGGAAGUGGACUGAGUGUCUGUACAGUGUUGACCCUGCCACUUUUGAUGCUUACAAAAAAAAUGAUAAGAAAAACACUGAAGAGAAGAAGAACAGUAAACAGAUGAGCACUUCUGAAGAGUCUGAUGAAAUGCCAAUGCCAGAUUCUGAAAGUGUAUUUGUUAUCCCUGGAAGUGUUCUCCUGUGGCGAAUAGCCCCACGGCCUCCAAAUUCCGCCCAGAUGUAUAAUUUUACCAGCUUUGCAAUGGUUUUGAAUGAAGUUGACAAGGAAAUGGAGAGCGUGAUUCCUAAGACUGACUGCAGGUUACGGCCUGACAUCAGAGCCAUGGAGAAUGGAGAAAUAGACCAAGCUAGUGAAGAAAAAAAACGGCUUGAAGAAAAACAACGAGCAGCCCGUAAAAACAGGUCCAAGUCAGAAGAAGACUGGAAGACGAGGUGGUUCCAUCAAGGUCCUAAUCCCUACAAUGGAGCACAGGAUUGGAUUUACUCUGGCAGCUACUGGGACAGAAACUACUUCAAUUUGCCUGACAUUUAUUAAAAUGUAGACAAGUCAGGGUGUUUGGCUAAUCUAUAAAUAAGUCUUAAACCUAUGUUUUUAAAUUUUUUCCCUUGGUUUCUACUCAUCUUAAAAAAAAAAACCUCAUAACUUGUAUUUUACCCAAGAAAAAUAGGGCAUACAGUGAUAAUGGUGGUGAGUCUUAGGAAAAAUGCAUAGUAAUUUUGCUAUCCAAACAUACUUAUUUGGAAUACUAUUUUAUAAAGAGGUAAGAGAAACUGCUGGAGAAGAUGCUUUUUCUGGUUGCUAUUGCCAUAUUUACUGAAGGUUUAUAUGUAAAUGUAACUUUAGCUUUAUGGAAUAUAUCAUAAUCCCAAAUCAAGUUAUUUUGAAUAUUUUUAUGCUGUCAUGCUUGAAUGUUUUAGACAUAACUUUGAAAUGUUUAGAAUUCUCCUAUACAAUGUUUAUGUGCUCAAAUAUAGAGGUUGUCAUUUUAUAAAAAUUGGUAAGAUGGCUUUUAUUCAUAUUAAUCCUUUCAACUUUAUCCCUUCCCAUCUCCAAAAAGAAAAAAACAAUGCCUGAAUAUUCAGAAUAGGUAUUCCUGAUUUGAAAAUUCUAAACUGGAAAAGGUACUUUAUUUACUUAUUUUAGUGCUCUGAUUUUUUUUUCUGUAAUCAUUGUCAUUAGAGAUGUUUAAAUUGUAUGUUUGAACUGAAAAUAUGUAUAAAAUAAAAAUCUAGCAAGUCACAAAAAUCCCUAGACAUAGAUUUUAAUCACCAUUACAUAAUGACAAAACCUUUUUAAGUGCAACUUCCAGUGGCCACUGCCACCAGAGAAUUUAAGCUGCACUCAUGUAUUAUAAGUAACAAACUAUAUAAAAGGAGGUCUUGUGCAUUUCAAAUUUGCAAGGUACCUGUGUACUUAAAAUAUGUAUGGAGACCUACUGUACAGUAGUUUUGCCCCUUUAAUUGGGGUACAUUAAUCUUAUAGUAUUUAUCCAAACCCCAGACUGAGAUACUGAUCCAAGGGGCCUUAGGUAGCUGCCAGUAAAUUAUUUUAACUGCAUCUUAAAAGUUAACAAGUGUUAUAACGAAAUAAUCUGAUGCUAAUAAAAGACUUCAGAAUGUUC